GUUUUGACUGUGGAUCUCGGAGAGUUGGUUGUUCAGCAAUCUGAUGUACUAGCGACUCAAGUCAACACGGCCCAUCGACCUUCUUUAGUUGUUCAAGAAGAUGAUGGAUUUAUUAAUGACAAUGAAGAUGAUAUGGCAGACAGUGUAGAAGAAGCAGAAGAUGAGGAUGAAUUAAUUGUCGACCUUAGUGAUGAUAAUACUGAUGAUGUGUGCCUGAUAGAUGUUGAUGUAAUUAGUGAGGAUAGUGACUAUUCUACUUAGUUUUGUAUCUAGUGUUCAAUGUAUUAUACAUAUUGAGAAAUAAAAAGUUCGUUUCCAAAUAGCAUGUUUCAAAUUACCUAAUCAAUUGAAAUAAUACUCAAUAAAUUAAUUAUAAAUAAUAAUUAAAUAUUAAAAUAGAUAGGUUAAAUUACUGUCGUGUUAGUAGAUGUCAGCAGAUGUGGCUAGAGCUCACGGUGGAGACGCUGGCGGUGAUCCUCCACCGGAUCCUACUAGGAUCCCGACUACAUGCGAGUCAGAUAAUUUUUUUGUUAUUUUAUUUACUCACAUAUGUUUAUCAUGUAUAUACUAAUAUUCUAUGUAUUAUUAAUAAAAAAAAAAUACAGGAAUCCCAACUAAGAAAAAGGGUCGUGGCGCAGCUAUUGGAAAAGAUCUAGAGGAGAGGCGGCGUAAAACUGGAAAACCAUUGGAAGUAACGUUUUGCCCACGAACGUACAAGGUUGUUAGGGGCGAGCACGCUGCUUUUGUCUGCCUUGUGGGAACCCAAAUUAAAACGAAAGUUCCCGGACAUUACGGUUCAUGGGAAUUAGUGCCUAAACAAUACAAGGAUCAAGUCCUUGGCAUAAUUCAGUACUAUUAUCAAAUAGCGGGCCGCGAGGAUUUCCUAAAGUGUUUAGAUGGUAUCGAUCGAGAGAUGAAAGACCGAUACCGUAAUAAGAAAACACUAAGACACGAACACUUUGAGAAACACUACAAUGGACCAGAGGAUUGGGAUAAGGUUCUAAACAACCCAACCAAUGAUGUUAACAAGGAGAAGUGGAAGCAGAUCUGUCAGUUAUUUACAAGUCCACAAUUUAUUGCGCGCUCCAUAAAGAAUAAGGAAAAUCGGAAGAAACAAAAGUAUUCUACAAUGCAGGGUACAAAAUCGCUAGCAGCCAUCCGUUUUGAAAAAACGAACCCGGACCUCAUUGAGUCAUGGAAGGAUUAUCAUUGGAAGAAAGCAACAAAUGAUUUCGUGAACGAUGAUGCUCGCCAAGAUUAUGAAAAACUGAAGGCUGAUUUUGAGUUACAAACUCAGCAAACAUCCACUGAUGCUUCUAAUAAUGAUAGUCCGUCAUCAGUUGAUCAGGUGGAGGUGCUACAAAAAGUAUUAGGCCAAAGGCGUGGACAUGUGCGAGGAGUGGGCCGCAAAUUGAAGGGGUCGGGGUCGGGGUCAUCAUCUACCCAACACUCUCACUUCAGCGAGUCUCAAGUUCUUCCUCAUCAUUCAAGAGAAUAUAUAGAAAAAUUGGAGAAUAAUCUACAGAAAUUGACUGAUCAAGUUAAUUUCUUAUCUCAAUUUUUUGUACCUUCAUUUCGUCCACCAAACGUUCAGAUGCCGCCUGUGCCUGAUAGUGACAAUAUUUCUAGGGCUUCGUCUUCUCAACCUCCAGCUCCAACUCAUCCUUCUAUGUAUGGGGCAGCGCCGUCUCAACAUAUGGUACCUCCAUAUAUGUACGGAGCAACACCUUAUCCGUGGCCGAUUCCAUCGUCCUCCCAGCCGUCGUAUCCCUACAUGUAUGGAGCUGGAUCGUCCACAUUACCUUCCCAAUAUCCUUGGCCGAUGCCGCCACCGCAGCAAUCACAACCACAGUCACCGCAACAACCACAACAAGAAGACAAUAGGGAGGAGGACGAGGCAGCUGAUUUAGGAGACUAGGUUUAUUUUAUUAUUAAUUAUUGUUAAAUUUUAUGAACAAUAUGAA